AUGCAAGAGGCGGUCUACGCUGCGCAGAUCACACCGUCCUCUGUGUGUAGUUAUCCCACCUACACACCGCCCCCACCUCUGCCUAAGAAGAAAGAAGAACGCUCGCCAAUUCACAAUCAAUCGCCUACCAGACGACGUACAUUCCCUGAAGAAUGUAAUGAUAUCUUACGGGUCAUUCAUGAGAGUUCCACUCGUUCUUCUACUUCUUCUACUUCUUCUUUAGAUCCCACUGUAGCGACGGCCGCUGCUGCUGCUGGUGCUGCUGGUGUGAACUCUUCUUCUUCCUUCCUUCAUGGCCAUAAGAGUAAUGGCAUUGCUGGCUUUAGAAUGCCCAGCACAACGCACGAGAAGUACCGCGCCAUUCUCAACGAAGUCGAGCACCUCAAUCGUCUGCUGGAAGUGACGGUGGAGGACCGCGAGGAUGUCGAGGCGGAGUUGCGGGGGAAAUUACGGCAGGCGCAGACGGACCUGCGGGAUCGGGACGCGGCUCUCCUGCAGAAGGACAGUGAGUUGCUGCACCUCCGCGGGGCAGUGGAGGGACUCACAAUGAAGUUAGAGGCUUGUAAACAUCACACACACCAUGAGGAGAAUCCCAACACACAGGGGAAGAGAAUUAUAAAUAAUAACAACAAUAAUAACGAAAACAACAACAACAACAAGAGGAAAAAGGAUAACUAUAUUUUUAACGGUAGUGGAGGAAGUAGUAGCAGUAGUACGAAAAGUAAAAGAACAGGUGAAUGGGAUGAUGCUAGAAGGAACUCCAAUAUUCAUUCAGAGGUUAUCAAUGCUAGUGAAAAGAUGGGUAGAAGCAGUAGGAGUAAUAGUAACAGUGUGGAAGGGACGGCGGCUGAUAUGGUUACUUACUCUAGUAGUAAUAAUCAUAAUUAUCAUUAUAAUAAUGAUUCUAAUAAUAAUACUACGUUUACUAGACUCGCACAAAGUGCAAUUAAGUGGGUAAAAUUUCUCUUGGGGAGGUAUUUCUCCAGUUCAUCUACUGAAAAUAAUGAGAAGUUUUCUAAUCUUCUUAACAUUCUAAAUGAAUUACAAGAGUAUAGUACAAAGAUGGAUGUGGAUGCCUCACUAGUGCGGUCAUUGUGUACAAAGGUAUCUAAUUCUCUUGUGGAAGUAGUGAAAGUAUCGGAAUCUAAAAAUCAAACUAGAGAUCAUGAAAGAGUCUCUAGUGGAGUAUUACAGACUGUAUCUGAUCGAGAAGGAUCACUUAUGCAAAUUAUAUCAGAUCUUGAAAAAGAACGAGAUAAACUUAAGCAUCAUGUUAGUGUAGUUGCUGGAGAAAAUGUACAGUUACUUCAUCAAAUAAAAUCAUUAGAAAAUGGUUCCCUACAAGGUGUGGCAUUACCAGCACGAAUGGAUCGUUUAGAGGUACAGAAUGCGAUGUUAAUGGCUGAGCGUGAUCGACAAUCCGCUUUUAUAGAUGAACUCAAACAACAAUUACAGCGGGCAAAAUUAGAACGAAUGUUAUUACAGGAGGAAUUGAGAAGGAAAACAUCACAUUAA